GCAGGUCAGCCUUCACUCUCUUUUCAACUCAAUUUUCUUGCUUUUCUGUUCAAAUUUUAAAUGUUGAAAUGAGCUUAAUUACUUUAUUGUUUAAUAUAGCUAGUAUCCGAGUACCUUUUAAUUUUCUGAAUCUGGGUAUGCUAAGUUUUUGGGUGUUGCAUGUGUGAAUUAUGAUCAUGAAUGUGGACUAAUAGUAAUUCGAACAGUUUGUGAAUUCCGAAUAAUAAUUUGUCAUUUAUGUAUAUUUGAUUCAGUCAAUCUUGGGUCUAUAGCAGGGAUUGGAUAUGGGGUUUAUCCGUUUAUUGUCAUUGGUUGAUUUUGUAUAGCUAUUAUUUGUCAGGGGUUUUUGCUGUUUUUAAUCUAAUAGUUAGUGUCAAACUGAUAUCCAGGUUUGUUAGAGUGACGUUCUUGGUUGCUUAUUUAGGUGCUUGUGUUGUGUGUUUACGGGUAAUCAUGACUUAGAGCAAGUAUUAUUUAUAGAGAGCAGAACAAAUUCGAAACUCGUACCCGGGAGUUAGCUGCUCAGUGAAAUGCAUAAUGGUCCAAUUAAAGAAGUAGAAAAUGUGAAAUUAAAUGCAGGAUGUUGUACUUUGUGGGGGGAAAAACAUGCUUUGGAUUGCCAUAUCACAGAAGUUUCUAAAUUCUAAUGAUCUAUUGGACGGUCCUGUGUAAUUUUAGUCGGCAUUUGGGACGAAUGAUGGGAAAAGUUGCCCGAAAUUGAUUGUAUUUGAAUUCUCAAAGUUUCACUUCUUAGAUGGGAGUCAUUGUCUGAAAUCCAAUUUUGCAAUUUUUCAUGCUACUCAACCUAAAAGUUGUGUAUUCCUUUCACUUAAUUCAGGUUUAAAAAGGGAUGAAAGGCUUGUUGCUUACUGUAUUUGUAGUCGUUUUGGCUGCUUCAUACCUUCAAUGUGGUGUGUCCCAUGGGGUUCAACCCCUGUCAAAAAUUGCUAUUCACAAGACAAAAGUUUCUCUCCAUUCUGAGGCUUCUAUUAAAGUUUCUCCUUCACUACUGGGGGGAACAAAUAGAGAAUGGGUUACUGUAGAAUUCAGCUACCCCAACCCUACUGCAGAUGACUGGAUAGGGGUAUUUUCUCCUGCCAAUUUCAGCUCAUCUACGUGCUUGGCAGAUAGUCCACGAGUUUACCCUCCUCUUCUUUGCACUGCUCCUAUAAAGUACCAAUAUGCAAACUUUUCGAAUCCUAAGUAUGUGCACACUGGGAGUGGAUCUCUGAAGCUUCAAUUGAUCAAUCAGAGAGAGGAUUUUUCAUUUUCCCUAUUUACUGGUGGAUUACUCAAUCCAAAGCUGGUUGCUGUCUCAAAUGUAGUUGCUUUUGCAAACCCUAAAGCACCUGUCUACCCACGCUUGGCUCAGGGAAAAUAUUGGGAUGAGAUGACAGUAACUUGGACAAGUGGCUAUGGAAUUGGUGAAGCAAUUCCUGUAGUCGAAUGGGGUUUGCAAGGAGCGAAAAGGAGUAUUUCCCCAGCUGGGACAUUAACCUUUGAUCGUGGAAGCAUGUGUGGUGCACCAGCAAGUACCGUGGGGUGGCGUGAUCCUGGUUAUAUUCAUACUGGAUUCAUGAAGGAGUUGUGGCCCAACUUAGUCUACACAUAUAGGAUUGGACACAGACUGCACAAUGGCAUAUAUGUAUGGAGUGAUAGUUAUCGCUUCAGAGCAUCUCCUUAUCCAGGUCAAGAUUCUGUUCAAAAAGUUAUCAUCUUUGGAGAUAUGGGAAAGGAUGAAAUGGAUGGUUCCAAUGAAUACAACAACUUCCAGCGGGGGUCUCUUAAUACUACUGGACAGCUAAUCAAUGAUCUGAAGAACAUUGAUAUAGUCUUCCACAUAGGAGAUAUAUGCUAUGCUAAUGGUUAUCUGUCUCAGUGGGAUCAAUUCACUGCUCAAGUUGAGCCCAUUGCCUCAGCUGUUCCGUAUAUGAUUGCUAGCGGAAAUCAUGAGAGAGACUGGCCAGGGACAGGUUCCUUCUACCAGAAUACAGAUUCAGGAGGAGAAUGUGGUGUUUUAGCUCAGAAUAUGUUCUAUACUCCUGCUGAAAACAGGGAAAAGUUCUGGUAUUCUACUGAUUAUGGCAUGUUCAGGUUUUGCAUUGUUGAUACAGAACAUGAUUGGCGAGAGGGAACAGAACAAUAUAAGUUCAUUGAACAUUGUCUAGCAUCUGUAGAUCGACAAAAGCAGCCAUGGCUUAUUUUUCUUGCACAUCGUGUGGUGGGUUAUUCUUCAGGCGAUUCUUACGCUGUUGAAGGCUCAUUUGGGGAGCCAAUGGGCAGAGAGAGCCUUCAGAAGUUGUGGCAAAAGCACAAGGUUGAUAUUGCUGUUUAUGGCCAUGUACAUAACUACGAGAGAACAUGCCCCAUCUAUCAGAACAUAUGCACGAACCAAGAAAAGAACAAUUAUAGAGGCACCUUGGGCGGAACGAUACACGUAGUUGCUGGCGGUGGAGGGGCGAGUCUAUCAGAAUUUUCUACCCUCAAGCCAAAUUGGAGUAUAUUUAGAGACAAGGAUUAUGGAUUUGUUAAACUCACAGCAUUCAACCACUCGAGCUUGUUGUUCGAGUAUAAGAGAAGCAGUGAUGGAAGAGUUUAUGACUCAUUCACAAUAACAAGGGAUUACCGGGACAUCUUGGCUUGCACUGUGGAUAGUUGCCCUGCAACAACCUUGGCAUCUUAGUAAACCUUGUUAGGGAUAUGUUUGUUGUAACCAGGGUGCCAAUUAUUUCAAAUUCAUACAAUAGAUCUCCCUUCUCUUUAGCCCUUCUGUACAGAUGCAUGAUUGAUUUAAUUCCCAACUUUCAUAUAUCUUGCUUA